UAGCGGCCGGCCACCGGCCACCUGCGCAUGCUUAUUGUAGGGCGGGUUGUGGCGCCUGUAUUCCGCGGCCCCUGGGAACAAUCCGCCUCCAUCAUGAAGCUGGUCCGAUUUCUGAUGAAAUUGAGCCAUGAGACUGUGACCAUUGAGCUGAAAAAUGGAACCCAGGUACAUGGAACUAUCACAGGCGUGGAUGUCAGUAUGAAUACUCACCUGAAAGCUGUGAAGAUGACAUUAAAGAACAGAGAACCUGUACAGCUCGAGACACUGAGUAUCCGAGGAAACAACAUUCGCUACUUUGUUCUCCCAGACAGCUUACCAUUGGACACGUUGCUCGUUGACGUUGAGCCCAAAGUUAAAUCAAAAAAGAGAGAAGCAGUUGCAGGCCGAGGCCGGGGGAGAGGUCGAGGCAGGGGAAGAGGACGUGGGAGAGGCCGAGGAGGACCAAGGCGAUAAUAUUUUGUUCUGCUUUGUGGAGACAUUGCCGUUCAUGUUUGUACAAGUUUUGUUUACUUGAGGAAUUUUGCAUUAUUUUUGUUUUUAAUAAACUUAAUUCACAUGA